GAUACGAAUGUAAUUAAAAUAUUACAACAUAGGAAAUAUUAAGAAAAGGAGGCAUGAAUAUACAUAAAUUGACAGCAUAUGAUGGAGAAAAAUUAGACACUGAUUUUAAAAUAAAUCAUGGAGAAAAAUAAUUAUUGGAAAAAUGUCUCUGUCGAUUGAAAAUUUAGUCUUCAUGGAUGCCAAGAUGCCCAAUUUCUUUGAGAGUCUGAACAAAAUAAACAUUCUUGCGGAAAAAAUUAGUAAACAGAAACCGAUAAAGAUAAAAUCAGGACCGCAUGAAAAUUCUUUCUGGACACUUCGAAUAUUGAUAAUAUUUUUCAAGCUCAUCGGUCUCGCCACAUUCGCCCAUCGUAUCGUCGUGCAGAGAAAGAAGAAGUCGUGCACAUUUCAAUAUUCCGAAAUCGGGAUAAUCUACAACGCCGUGCUCAUCACCUUAAUGAUCUCUUCGAACUAUCUGUCGAUACCGUACAGAGUUAAUAUGGAGUAUGAGAACAAGACCAACUUGACGGUGGGCAUCGAGAUUUUGCAAACGAUACUCGGCACCGUGGUGAUCUGCACGAUUCUGCUCAGCUUCUGCAUCGACCAGAAAUCUCUGGUGCGAAUCGCCAAUCGGUUGAUGGCCAUCGAGCACGAGAUCGACUAUCUGUACCGACUGUAUCCUCCGCUGCGACGACAGCGUGUCCUCUGUACUGUGGUCAUCAUCUACAUCUUAAAGGGUUGCCUACUGAUCGUGCUGAUGGUCACCGAUGUCAUAGCUUUCCAGUCGACCCCGAUUUCUUGGUUGACGGACAUAUUGCCGACGUUUCACGUAGGCUGGUUGAUAAUGCAGUACUUCCUGCUAGUCACCAUCAUUCAGGCAAACUUAGCUGAUGUGAACCGAGCGAUACAGAGUCUGUCCAAGGUCAGCACGUCGGAUCAGCGACCGCAGUCGCUCUGUCAGACGCGCCGCAUCGUCGUCAGCAAUUCCACCAUUCAUCAACUGUUGCAGCUGCGAGAUGCGCACUGCCACCUCUGCGAGAUCUCUCAGGACGUGUCGGACUUCUACUCACUGCCAAUACUGUUUGGCAUCUCUUUCCUCUUUUUGACACUUAUAUACAACGGCUAUUAUCUUCUCUCGCCUCUGUUGAUGUCCGACGAGGUUUUAGAGUACGAAGUUUUCAGUAAUACCGUCUUGUGGUUAAUAUUCUUAAUGUAUCCCAUUUCUCUCUUCACCAACAGGAUUACUAAAAUAUUGAAAGAGAUGGAAAAAACGGGCAAUGUGGUGCAUAAUCUCUUAAGUUGCACGAUUGGCAAAGAGGCGAAGUCAGAGCUCAAGCAAUUUUCGCUUCAACUGCUACAUCGCAAGAUACAGUUCACAGCUAGCGGAUACUUCGUGCUCGAUAACACUUUCCUCCAUUCGCUGGUCGGUACAGUAGCGACGUAUCUGGUGAUACUUGUGCAAUUUCAAAUGGGAAGCUCGUGUUCGUCAAAACCGCACUGUAACUGUACACGAGAAGAUUCGCUAAACACAACGUAACAACAAGGUGCGGAUAAUAACAAACAUAAAUAUUUUGAUCUCAAUUAAGUGAUAUCGAUACGCAAACGAUAAUUGCGGCUUUGUAACUUCCUAAUACAUGUACAAAUACGAUUAAUUCUGACUACAAAACUAGAGGAUGAAGGAGUAAAUGUAUAUUGUACAUAAAUUACAUAUAAUUAUCAAUUAAUUUAUUAAUUAUACAUCAUGUCAAUUAGACUUUAAUGGCGCCCACUACACAGUACAAUGACAGAAUGGAAUUCUAGUACAAAUUUCUCUAAUGUGAACUUUCUUCUUUGAUGCUUUCAUUCGCUGCUUGUUAUCUUUCUCAAAAAAAAAAAGAUCGUAGCUAUCAGUACACCGCAUCUUAUAUCGCAGAUCACGCUUUACCUUUACACCGGCUUGGAAAUGUUUCAGACAAGUUUCGUCGCCAUUAAUGACGAUCAUUAAUUCUCGCACAAGUACGAAGUUCGUUUCACAAUCUCGUCCGGCUUUAGCGUAGGCCCACGUUUACAGAUGUGAUUUUCUAACGGAAAACAGUAGCAAACCUUUCAACAUAUUAAUUCAAGAUAACACAGCACAGUUUAGAGGUACAUAACAGGCAUUAACUACUUUCCUUGUCAGCUCGGAAACUAAUUUCCGACCUUCUCUACCUAAUCACAACCAAUUAAUACUACGUCGGCGAUUAUAGCCCGUUCGCCAUCGCUGAUUUCGCUGCGAUACGCGUGAAAUUAAUCAACGCAUCGAAGAUCACCGUUGCAACGCAUCGACACACAUAUCAUACAUACAUUUUUUAUUAGAUACUUUAUAUUUUACAUUACAUUCGUCAAUUUAAUAUUUGCACGUUUAUUCUCGCAUCUAAGAUUAUGGCACGCCUUUCCAGAUUCCUUCUUAAUUGUUCGGUUACGAUACGAUAUUCUGGAUUCUAAUUGUUGCAUCAUACUACAUACAUUGAUAUUGCAAUUUCCGUUUUUACAAACAGAUUUUACGCAUGACUUUAAGCGGCUCAGAUACGCGCGAGCGCGCACUUUCUUUUCUUAAAAAUAUACUUAAAAGUACGCACAGUUAUACUUUCCAGCGCAAUAUAUGUUUCAUAUUAUUUUAUAUAUAAUUUCUGUAGGUCUUCCCUUGAGCAUUCCUACAUAUUUAAACGAUAUAUAUUGUGAGACGUAAUUUUAGCAUUGGGUCCAUAUUGAAACAUGUUUUCUCAAACUACUGGUUAGCAAAAUGUCCGUAUAAAAAAAUAUAUCGUGAACGUUUCAGCUAAUUUUUCAAUUUUGUAAAAAUUUUAUACGAAUAUUUAUGUCUUGAAUGAUUGUAUUUUAUUGAUUAGCCGAAUUGAGAAGCUAAUUUGUUUACGAAUAAAAUCUGUGAUCAUCGAUAGAGAUCUGUUCCAAAUCGUUUGAGAACAAAUUUUAUCAUUUCUCAUCUUAUUGUUCGUAUGUUUUGGACUGGCUUGUACAAGUUACUUAUUAAUGUGAAUAUUCUGUCUGUUUAGUACAAAAAAUUCUAAAAUCAAUAAUCUCAAUUAUUACAUUUAUUUUAUGCAAAUUUAACAUAAUUAGCUGCA